GAAAUUUCGGUUUGAUCUGUCUGAAAUACCCAAAGCGUUUGAAUUUUUGUAUUGUAUCCUUUUUUGUUCGUACGUCAAGUUAUUUUUGUAAAGUGAUUGGCAUCUUUAAACAUAAUUUUCAGUUAAAAGUUGAAUAAUUGUUGAAAAUGGAUCGCUACCGUAGUCUAUAUAAGGAAAAUUCUUCCAUGAUGAGUCCAGCGCAACACAAUCGGACAAAUCGAGAAUUACAAAAUGCAAAUCGCGCCAAAAAACGCAGACAAAUCUUUGAAAGUGGACGUAAUUUCAAUGUCAGCCCGACUCCAAAAAAAUUAUUUGAAAGGGAAAACCAGUUAGAACUUAAGGAAAAUGUAAACGAAAUUAAUGACAUAUGCUUUGAAGAUAAAGAGAAUGUAGAUGUUCGAGAAGAGACCUCAACUGCUCCGAAAUGCAAUGAGACGAAAAAUACUGAUCAGACUGAGAUCAAUAAGUCCCGAAUAGCAUUGGUAGCAACAAGUAAAAAAAGUUCUGAAAAGUCCACACGGCAAGAAGCAUUUUUGCUGAAAUUUAUACAAUGGAAAGAGGCACACAAACAAAAAGAGCAGAAGAGACUAGAGCCAAAAAAACGACCAUUUGUACCCUGCGGUGGAGUUGGCGGAAAUGCGUUUAGUGAUGGAAUUAAAUCGUUUGCAGCAGUUUCAAGUAAAGUGAAAAGCAAAGAAAUUUCCACCUUUGUACCAAAGGAUCAUACAACUUUUAAACCACCUAUAGGACUAAAAAAUCCAGUUUCAAAAAUGACAUCAUCAGCUAAAAGGAUAAUUGAAAAUGGUCGAAAAUCAUUUUACACCGCUGUGCUAACACCGCAAAAGAAUAAACAAGAUAAUACCACAAAAGUCGAUGUCAAAAAGUCUUCGGCAGAUAGUAGAACUCCGGCUAUGUCUACUUUGGGGAAAAUAAAUUCAACUACAACUCCAGCUAUGACCACGGUAAAAUCAAUAAAAACUGCUACAAUCACCAAAUCAAGUAGCACGAAAGCUGCGAAAACACCCCAAACAAUAACAAAUGCGGUAACUAAACCUACAGCAGUAAUCGCCCCUAACAAGAAAAGUCUUACAUAUCCUGGAAAUGUAGCAACCCAAGCAUCUGCUACACAAAAAUCUACUUCGAAUGUAAAUCAAAAGGCACAUAUAAACGAACAAUUAAAAAAGACUUCUGGGGUCAAAGGCAACAGUGGUGACAAUGUUACGAAGACUUUUGUAAAUCGUUUAAAUAAUGCAACAAAGUUUGCACGCCCACAGCCAGUAAAAGCGCCUAGCACAUUAUCUAGGAAGCCAUUGACACAUCCUAUAAUGAUUGGAGCAAAUGCAAAAUUACCUAAUGCCGGUACAGUUGGAAAUACAGGGGUAAUAGGAAAAUCAAAUCUACAUAGCAAACGGGUUACUGUCCAAACAAACGAACACCGUAAUGCAAAACUUGCAACAAAUUUUAAGGCAAAAGGUACGCAGGUUUCUAAACUUAACCGUCCAACAGCACCUAGCAAAAUUAUCAUUAAAGGCAAAACGUUACUGGGUGGUAAGCGUACUUGUACUGCGAAUGCAGCAUUCGCUAUUGCGGAAACGCCAACAGAUUUGCUAAAUAUCAACCCAUUUGAGCCAUUUGUUACAUCGACACGUGUUAAAUCGCUGUCACCACAUAGUGCCAAUGCGCCUAAUAUAAGUCCUGUUAAUUCCGAAAUCGAUGCAAAUAAUAAGAAAGAAGGAACAGAGUGUAAUCAAAAUAUUCGUAUGCAGAGUUCAACUUCGGCUAAACGCGUGCUGCUUACGCCUGCUGCUAAACAAUUACCACAAAAUCAAAUACAAAGGCAAAAGAGUAAAUUUAAUUUUGUACGUUAUUCGGUUGGGUUGUCAGAACUAGAAAGUGAUUCAGAUACAGGGGAUGUAGAAAACGAAGUAAAGGCGAGCAUACCUACUAAUCAAACGGAACAAACUAUGGUUGAGGCUCAACCAAAAGACUCAAGUAAUGAAGGCAUUACGACAUUGACACCGGAAAAUAAAAUAAAUUGCGACUCGGCUGCAUCGAAAACACCUCCUCCCACUGAUCCAGCACGUCCUGUAAACUAUAUCAGCUCUUUUGUUUCGGUGUCGCGUGGUAAAGUUAGCGCGCGUAAAGAACGCGAAAAACGGGAUAGCAUUUACCUUCCAAAUGCAGAUGACACCUUAUUAUCUACGACAUUAACGAAGACCGAAGAAGCAAAUAAAGUAGAAACACCAUGCAAAUCAUCAAUUGCUACUCCGGUUAGUGUUGAGGCCCGCCGAAUACUCGAGGCGGUGCGUUAUUUCCGACUACAGCUGCAAAACGAAAUCGAACGCUUACUUACUUUAUGCGACCAAUGGGAGGAAUAUAAAAUGCAAAAUUUACCGCUUUUACAAAAGACUGGUGGUGAAGACAUGAUCAACGUUACCAUCGGACAAACCAAGCUGCUAACAAGUAAAAAGUUCCAACAGUUUAAAGGGCUAAUUGAUCGUUGUGAAAGCGGUGCAAAAGGUACGGCAGCUGCUGAUGAUGGUAGCGAAGAUACAAAGCUUAUUACUGAUGUGGAUUUGGAAGGUUUUUGGUCCAUGUUAAAUUUACAGGUUGAUAAUGUGGAGAAGCGUUUCGAAAAUUUGAAACGUUGGAAAGCAAAUAAUUGGUCCGAUCCUGACGAUGUGGAGGAAAUCAAACAAGACAACAUAAAACCCAAGCCGAAAUUGAAUAAAGUGAAGAAGACAAAAGCGCCAGUUAAAACAGCAAAAGCCAGUAGCGGUUUACAGGCAAUGUUGCGCAAAAUGCACGCGGAGAUGCGUAAAAACAAAGAAACUACAGCUACAGCUCCAGGUGCAAACAUAGAUGUUGCAAUGAUGUUAACACCGACGCGUCAACGACAACGUCGCUCCCAAAGUGGCACUCCGAAAAUAGGUUCAGGUGGUGAGUGCAACAAUAGCACACCGCGUCGCAUUUCAGUUGUUGUACGUGAUCGCAAAUCGUUAUCAGCGGCAGCCACAGUUAUUAGUUUGCCUGCCGAUAGUGAAAUAAUUGCUGCUGCAGCUGCGCAGAGACGUCGUUCACGCAUCGCGGCAGAAUCACCAAAAACUAUUAAGGAAUGCAGCAAUGAGUUGCGACGCAGCAUUAAUAGCAUGGAAAGAGCGUUUGCUGGCAGUAGCGAUUUGUUGCGUAGCGCUCUUGCCGGAAAUGCAUAUAAAUCACGCCGUCGCAGUGGCACACCCAAUUUCAUUGAGCUACCACUUGAUUCGAAUGCAGUGAGCAAAGAUACAAAUGUUUUAGCCAAGGUUCCAACGCCGACGCUGACACCACCACCCGCUCCGCCAACUGUAAAUGUUGGUCGGAAGUCUAUAUUAAAGACACCCGGCACGGCUAAGGGAAAAUCGAAGAGUGUAAUUUUUAGCGAAAAAUUGCGUGUUAAAAAAUUCAAGUUUACUUUAGAGGAUGAUGAGCCUAGCGAAGAUGAAGAACACCGUAUGCAAACUAGCACAGAAGAACCACUAGAUAACCAACGCACUUAUUCCUUACGUACGCGUAAAGUGGUUUUGCGACCAUCAAGCGAAUUUGAAAUCCCCAAAGCUUAAAAUGUUUAUAAUUUAUUCUGUAUUGCUAUUAGAUUAUUAGUUAUCUAGCUGUUUUAACUACAUUUGUUUUUUUUUUUUGUAGCGCAUUUUUUGUCAAUUAUUAAAUCUAUUUUAAUUCUUUAAAUAAAAGUAUUUAUUUGGUCUAUUUCCAUUUAAUAAUACGAAAUAAA